GUCACCCGCUAUCGUUCUCUUUCGCACCACAGGUGGUUGUUCGGGCGCACAGUCGGCCGUCAACAAAACAUUCCUUUUACGCGCAGUUGUCUGUCCCUCGCGGAGGCCAGCUGAGGGCAUUUUUGGGUCGCUUGGCAGGUGGGCUGCGCGCGACGCUUACACGAAGGCUUGAACGCCGGGCACUGUGUCGACACCGCUCUGUUCCACAGCGACCUUGCGACCUUCCUCACUCAGCCGUGCUCCACCAUGGCGACGCUCAGCCGUCAACCCUUUGCUCCUCUUGAUGGGGCGCGGCUGAAGAGCCUGGCGAGCAUCAAGAAUCGCCAGAAUGCGCUCUCGAACUCGCCGGUUAAGCGGAAAGCGUCCGAGGUAUCAGACGACGACAACUCGGAGAACAUCGCCCCUGUGCUCUUCUCAAAGCGUUCGAAGGGCGCUGAAACCUGGAGCGACUUGAGCGAUGGCUUCGCCAAGCCCGCCGCCGCCUUCACCCUGACGAAGGCCGCGUCGUCCCCUGCCUUCAAGGAUGUCCUCAGCUCUCCGCCCUCCAGGCCCUCAUCUGCUCGGCCGCGCAACAUCCUCCAGCCCAAGUCUCCGGCAGCGCGGUUGAGGGUCAAGAGCGCAGCACCGUCCCCGCUGACAGCACCUGCUGGCCGUUCACCCACGCGCGCUUCCAAGCGCGUGGGCAUCCUCUCGCGGCGCCGCACCCAGCGCCCUGACCCCCCGCCGUUCAACCUAGGCGCCGGCGUUCCGUUUUCGCUGGAUACCGCACUAAAGGGCACUAUCCCCAGCUAUUCAGGCAGCUUUCGGGGCGGUCGUAGAAGCAGCAGCAACAACAGCAGCGGCAAGACCAGCAGCGCUGCCCUGGAUUUCUCCCUCCCCACGCCCGACCUGAGAUCCUCGUGGUGCUUCAACAUUCACGAGGACACGCCGGAGCAGGAGAUGACCAACCUGCUGCAGCACGGCACCUGCACGCUCGACAUCAGCAGCGACGAGGAGUCGGAGACCCGCGCCGGCCGCGAUCGGGCCGACGGCCGCGACAAGGAGAAUAUCCCGCCUCCCGAGGACGUCAGCCAGACGUCGUCUGCGCGCGGGUCUCCCGUGGCCGCUGCGGACGCCGCCGACAUUGACGAAGACGUCCUCUUGCUGAAGGGGCGCGGGCCGCUGGCCGAGAUGAACGCUGCCGAUUUCUACGGCGAGGGCUGCGAUAGCACCAGCGUGUUCAUCGUGCCCGGCGAUGAGGAGGAUCCCGAGGCCGUCGUCGACGAGGGGGUCUUGGAGACACCCUCCGCCGACGAGUUGCCUCGCCUCCCGGACGCGCAAGACCAGCAGAUGCCUUGCGAGACCGACGGGCCAGGCAGCGGACGGCAGCAACAGCAUGACGUCAGCAUCGCCGAUGUCGAGGCUGCCGACAUUGACGACCUCAUGGAAGGCAACGACCGGGCCGUUGACGCUGCGGUGCUGGCUCCCAUCGAAGGCGCCACCGAGAGCUUUGAGCUAUGGGAGAGCAACAGUGCCAAGGACGAGGGCGACGUGCCAGCGUCUCCAGCGCCCGUGGCGGACGAGGAGAAUCCUCAGCCUAUGGCUGUCGCACUGUUCUGAUCUUUCUUGAUGGGUUGGUUCCAUGAUGUGCUAUGUCUUGGAUGAGCAGGCGUUUGGUUCGGUCGGAUCUUAGCCGUUUUCUUUGAGCACGUUCUGUCCGAGGUCAUUUUGGUCUCCUUUCGUUGGAUGUGACGGGCGGCUAGGAGGGUACCAAUGAGGGGCUAUUCGGAGGCGUCAGCUGCUUAAUGGAUGGGAUACCGGUGGGUUGAGCUGUGCCUGGUUGGGUCGGACUACGGGGCGUGGUAUAUGGCGUAUCCUGUUGGUUUGUAUUAUGUGCUGAUGUCUACUACUGAGUUC